CUCCGUCUCUGUAUCACUCGGCCCAUCUCUGAAGUCUCAGCGGCGAACACAGUGCACUGACAGUGAGCGUCUGGAACAGUCUGUGUGAGCCAGACUCAAGGUCAAAGGUGAUCACUACAGCAAUGGAGUGCUUCAACGACCUGCUCCUUAAACUGCGGGAGCUCCACGAGCGAGAGGUGGAUGGUUGGCAGGUGAAAGUCCAAGAGCUGUCCAACAAGAAAGGCUGCGAUAUAAAGCGAAUGGAGGAACUGUUCACCAGAAACCAGCAGAUGAAAGAACAGCACAGAUUACUCACCGACAACAUCAAAACACUGGAAAACAGGCUGAGAGCGGGACUGUGUGACAGAUGUACAGUGACUCAGGAGGUGGCUACAAGAAGACAGCACGAGUUUGAAGCCUCACAGAUACAGAGUCUCCAGCACAUCUCUAUACUGGCGGGAGAGAUGAACAACCUGAAGAAGGAGAACAAAAGACUUAGAGAUGAAAUCAGGAAUUUAAGAACAGCACUUGAAAGUCACAGCGACCACUCCUCAAACAGCAACAGCGUCACAGAGGUCAAACAGCCAAACAGCUCGCCUGACCUUUCACCCUGCUCUGUCCCUGUGGCCCUCAUCGCCGAGGCAACCAGCAGGGCCAGCAACCAGCCAUCAGAUGGUGACACUGCAGUGAAAACCGAGAAAGACCAAAGAAGAGAGGAAACUAAACACAGACAGUUGAGAGGGAUGAACAGGAGCCACUUUGAGCCGUACAAGUCUGUACCACUGUCGACUCUCACAUUACCAUCCUGGAAGACAGAACACAGUGUAACCCGAGAGAGGAGAAGUCAGAGUAUUGAACGACUGGACCAACGAUCCUCCAUCCCCCCUCAAGCGCUCCUUCCUAAGAAUUCUUCCUCCUCAACCAGUGGAGAAGUCAACUCCAACAGACACGUGCUCCACACUCCCGUUCCCUGCCGUCCUCAACCGAUCAAGAGCAGCCCUGUUACUCUCCCCUGGCCAUUAUCUGAAUCCUCUGACUGGGUUUCUGUGGCUGCUGCAGGCACCAGCCAGCUGAUGCAACCUUCUUCCAAACUGAAUCUGCCACGCUUUCCCAACCUCAUCCCAAUUAGCCAACAUACCAAUUCUAGAAAGCAGGUUUUCGGGUCUCCCUGGUCCAAACAAAGCAGUCCUCAGCCCCAGGUAAAAGAUCCAACUGUGGUGUUCAGGUUGAGGAGUCUGUCAGAGCAUGUAGAGAGUCAAAUAAACCCCCCGGACAAAAAAGAAAUUCAGCCAACUAAAGCUGAAAUGGUCUCUGGAGAAGAGCUUAAGGAGAUCUACGAGGGGCCUCUGGACCUAUCGGAUCGAGGAAAGUCCAAAUCCAACCAAACACCAAGAGAUGAUUCACCCUCAGCCGUACAAGUUGGAGAGAUAGUACAGAAGAGCCCUGACAAAGAUGUGAAGACAAAUACAUAUGCACAAGUACCAGUAUCAUCACCUUCACCUGUCGCACAGCCCUCAUCUUCAUCUUCCUCUACACCACCGAUCGACCAACAAGAGGAGGAGCCUACCGGGGAUCAUAACCACAAGCAGGUAACCAAAGAUCAGGAGCAGAAAGAGGAGGUGAAUGGAAAGACAGACCAAAGCAACGAAAAGAAGGUGCCUGUCCUCACUAUAUCAUUACGACCAGUAGUAGUCCUGGAGACUCUGAAUUCUGCUCUGCAAAAGCAAGAAGCCUUAUCAUUGAAUGGCAAGUCGUCUUCACCAGCAGACGAGCGAGAGAGCAGCUCAGACGAGCAGGGCGAGGACGGGAGUGCUUCAGGCCAAGAAAGCAUUCAGGGCAGCAAGAGGAAGAGGGCAUCUGUGGAGACAGAAACCAGCAGGGACUCAGACACAGACAACAUCCAGCACAAAAGGAAAAUCAAGAUCAUGGUCAGAACUGAGGAGAAGAGCCCGAGUUAAAGAGGAUGAUGUUACAAUGACCUGAUCUCACUUAGCGCUCCAUUAACUGAUGUUAUUGGCCACUAGGGGGCAGUACAACAAGCUGAAAAACAGUUACACUUACAGUUACACUUACAUAUCAGUUUAUAAAGCUGAUACAGCUAACAAAUUAGCAAACAGUGGAAAAUGUACACAUCCGGUGGAUAUGGAGCAACUUUAGCAUUAAUUGGAAGUUGUGUUUCUGGCCACCUGAUGAAUGUUGGUCCAAUAAUGACUCUUGCCCCUUUAGCUCUUGGUCUCCACCAACUGCAGAGGGACAUAUUCAGCUCUUUAGCUAAAAAAUGCUCCACUAUGUUUAGCAGCUGGUCGCUACCAUUGACUGUCUAGUGUACAGUGGUUAAAACAGUGAAGUUGCAGGCCAUAAAAUCAAAACAGUGACUAAGAGGAAUGCUAAACAUCUCCAUAGAGCUCAGGGGGAUGAUGAUAAUUCUCUGUCUGUUCACCAUAUGGAGUGUACAUGUAGUCAUUUGAUCUACUGUUAAUACUAUAGUUUUGAGUGUAGCAGCUUUUGUAUAAAAAUAUUAGAUUAAAGCAGCUUUAAACUUUCCUCUUGGCAUUUUGAAACAUCUGGGUUUUUCGCUGCCUUUGGCCCAGUGCACUCUGUAACAGCAUCCAGCUUCCUUUUAUGAGCCUAAACAGGAGGAGGUGAAUAAAAAAGAUGGAAAGAUGGAAGAUGGGAAAAAGAGAUUAUAUCUAUAAACAAGUUAAAACAUGGCUGAGACAAUAAGUAUUUGUAGGUUGGCAGUCAUUUUUUUCCCCAUUAGAUUCUCAUUAAUUCCUUCACUUAACACAGCGCCCUCUAUCUGAUGCCAUGAAGAGAUCUUAUACUACUUCAUUAUUGUAGUCACAAUUCAGCGUAUUUAACAACAAAUAGACACAAUGGAGACUCACAAUGAUGGCUUUGUUUACCUGCAGAGAUCUAAUAAUGUCUCAGCCCUUUAAGGCCGUCGUUGCUAAAACUUACAUCAUGUCAGAGUUUGCAGUUACUGGUAUAAGCCUAAAUCCUGCUAAGAAAAAUCUGAAUACAUUGGUGAUACAAAUACAAACUCUGUUUCCAUGGAGUCACUAAAUCUAAAACAAUAACAAUAACCAGAAUGAUCUAUAGAGAGCUGUUAAUGUGCAUUAUUAUUCUGUUUAGCAGCUUUCAGCUGCUUGGUGAAGAAGAACUGAGGCACAGUCGGCCUGAAAAAGUCACACAUUGUGCAACACAUUACCAGCCCAUUUUCACAACACACAACUCGAGCGGCCGACCUGAAUAUGGCAGACUGAAGACCAGUGUAGUAACUGAACAUUGAGUUGUACUAACUGAAAAUACAAACGGUCAGAUUCAAAUGACAGUGUGAAUCAUGUUUCCUCUCAGCUGUGCACUGUUCACCACAGCUACAGCAACACAGCCAUCACUAAUAUCAUCGCUCCGCAGGAAACAGCACCAUCAUCAUCAUGGUUCCCCCUUUCUAAAGAAAUGAAAAGUGUCAAAGCCAGUAAUGUUUCACCUUUGAUCUUGCAUUUGUCUUAAAGCCUAAAACCUUCGUUUUCCUCUCCCAUACUCAUCACACACCAUUCACAUACUAUUCUAGUAUUUAUAGUUAUUUCACUUUCCUGGCAUUACUGUCACUGCCUAGCUAUUUUUGCCACAGAGCACCCCCCACCUCCACCACCAUCCUUCCCCUCAGCCUGUCUCUAAGUGACCCACAAGGAAAAAAAAAGAAGAGAAAAACAUGUUCCUCUUCCCCUUUUCAUUUUCAGAAUGCACAUAUUUUGCAAGUAUUAACUUUCCGCUCACAGCUGCGACGGCUUGUGCUAAGCCGGGUGAAUAGAGGAGAUAAAGAUAGAGUGACAGAGUCGGUUAAAUGACCUAAACUCUUGUGGUACAGCACUGUGAGGUCAACGUGUCCACUCUGUGUAAUAAUCUUUUUUUUUUUAAAUGGAGAUGCCCUAAUCAACAGGCAGCGUCAGCCAAUAUUUACUAUAAAUUGAUGUUAUUUUCCUUCUCGUGUGGGCACUUUUUAACUAUCCUGUGUGUGACAGACCCAACGCAUGCAGUCCAUAAUGCAGUUAUAUUGAUCUCUACUGUUUCUAUCAUGUCUCUCUUAUGCCAUUAGAGUCCAUUAAGUACAGUACUUGGUCAAUGGUCAGUGGACUAAAUAGCCUUUCCCUGCCAUUCACAUCUCACAUUAAUUAUUAUGCGAUUGACUGAGAUACUUUAAGUGUACUGUUUGUGCUUUUACAGUUUGCUAAUCUAUCAAGCUAAAUACUGUUGUGUUGUUGUGUCUUAACAGAUGUAUUGUUUUCUAGAAUGAUGUAAUUUAGAAACUGUUACUUUGUAUGAAUGCACUACCCCACGAUGCUGAAAUA